AAAUACUAUAAUAUCUAUUAAAUUUUAACAUCCUAACCAAACACUUCCUAUAAUCUCAAGGUCGUCCGGGUCAGCAACUAGCUGGUGCACAACGAGGAGGCAUCUACUUCUCUGUCCUAAAUUAAAUAUUUUUUUCAGUUUUUUAAUUAUAAAUUUAACUCGAUUUAUAGAAAAUAUGAUUUAUGAGCUCGAUCCACAUCGGAAUGGCAGCAGAAUGUCAACCAAAACUGCGGCCUUAUUAUUGGUACUUCGUCACUGUCACGGAUGAAGACAACCACAAUCUGUUAUGCUUAUGCAUAUGUAGUACCAUGUACGCGCCCCUUGUAUUUUACAGUAACUUGUAGCCAAUGAAAUACUAGUCUGGACUCUGGAAUCAGGUUUCAGUACAAGUAUAUACAUAUAUACUAGUUAGCACUGAGUACGAAAUUUAUAUUACCCAGUGUAGAUUAGUUGGGAGAUUUGACUUUUAAAAUUGCGUAAUUCUCUGUCAUCAGGGGGAGGUGCUACUUGAUUUAGGAGGCCACCCAACGUGCCCAACUUAUUCGAUUAUUAGUCACUCGAUGAUCAAUGAAUCUGAGUAGUUGUUCUGAUCACAUGCUCAUCUUCUAAUUGGGUGGUGAGAGUACUAGCUCAUGCAUAUGAUCUCCUACUCGAAAGACUACUUCUUGUUCCAUGUAGUAGUACGUUUACAGCAAACUGACACUGAACUGCCACCUCUCUCGUGAGAUGAACUCCUCACAUACAGUUACCGCCCGGUUUCCCUUUCACUUUCAGCAGGGUGCUGACAAAUGGAACUUCAAAUCAAAUCUGAAUAAGCCAUAAGAUCGACGAACCCAAUGAUCCAAAUGAAUCAGAUGCAUGCAAGUAAACUCUGCUCUUCCUGUACCCAUUAACUACCCGAGCUUAGUUGUCAAUUAUUUGAAUUAAAAAUGGAGUGUGUAGAAGCAGUACACACCUAAUCAAAGUCGGGUUUGGCCGGCCUCAACUAAUUGAGCAUCAUCUCACUCGUAUCCCUCUUGCAUGCAUGUUCAUACACUGUUGUUUAUAUGUCCUAUAAAUAGAUGCGUUCCCUAGCUACGUUGUCAUCACCAUCAGUCGUGUGUCCGCCACACGCCCCUGUUCAGCAGCUCCUUCGGCUCGUUCGGCAAAGAUGGUGGAAAUGCCGCACCGCGUAGCUGCUGCGCUCGUGGUGCUCCUCGUCGCUGUUGCUGGAGUUGUUGCGGUGUCGGCGCAGGUGCCGCCGGCGCCGGUGACGGCCGCGCUGCUUCAGCAGGUGGCCGGGUCGCUGCAGAUGUACGUGGACCCGCUGCCGCAGAUGGCCAAGAUCCGUGGCUACGGCUUCCAGCAGGGCCGCGUCGUGCCCGUCAACCUCACCAUCGGCAUGUUCCACAAGAAAUGGAAAUUCCACCGCGACCUGCCGGAGACGCCGGUGUUCGUGUACGGCCAAUGCGCCGACUCCGCGACGUUCCCGGGCCCGACGAUCGUCGCGCGCCACGACGUCCCGCUAUCCGUGACGUGGGAGAACCACCUCCCCGACCGCCACAUCCUGCCGUGGGACCCCACCGUGCCCACCGCCAUCCCCAAGAACGGCGGCGUGCCCACCGUCGUGCACCUCCACGGCAGCGCCCACCCACCGCAGGCCGACGGCAGCGCCUUCGCCUGGUUCACCGCCGGGUUCCGCGACACCGGCGCCGCGUGGACGCAGGCCACGUACCGGUACCCCAACGUGCAGCCGCCGGGCAACCUGUGGUACCACGACCACGCGCUCGGCCUCACCCGCGCCAACCUCCUCGCCGGCCUCCUCGGCGCCUACGUCAUCGAGAAGCCGGAGGUCGACGUCCCCAUGGAUCUUCCCUGCGACGACGACGACCUCCACCUCGUCGUCGCGGACCGCAGCUUCAACGUCGACGGCUCGCUGUACAUGAACUCCACGGGCGUCGCGCCGUCCGUGCACCCACAGUGGCAGCCCGAGUACUUCGGUGAGGCCGUCACCGUCAACGGCAAGGCGUGGCCGUUCCUCGCCGUCCACCGCCGGCGCUACCGCUUCCGGAUCCUCAACGCCAGCAACGCGCGCUACUUCAACGUCUCGCUCUCCAACGGCAUGCCCUUCCACGUCGUCGGCUCGGACGCGUCGUACCUCGCCGCGCCGGUCACCGUGCGCAGCCUCCUCAUCUCCCCCGCCGAGAUAUUCGACGUCGUCGUCGACUUCUCGGCGUCGCCGACGGCCGAGGUCGAGAUGCUCAACUCGGCGCCGUACCCGUUCCCGACCGGAACGGCGCCGGGGCCGCUCACCGGCAAGGUGAUGAAGUUCGUGGUCACCCCGAACGGGCCGCGCGACCCGCCGGACAACUCGACGGUGCCGGACCGCGAGGUGCCGUACGCAAACGUGGCGUCGCCGGGGCCGGCGUCGGAGACGAGGCACAUCGUGAUGUACGAGUACGUGACGCCGUCCGGGCAGUCGACGCACCUCUACAUCAACGGGCUGCGUCUGGAGGACCCGGUGACGGAGACGCCGAGGUCGGGCACGACGGAGCUGUGGCACGUGAUCAACCUCACCGGGGACAACCACCCGCUGCACAUCCACCUGGGCAUGUUCCAGGCCGUCAAGAUGCAGCAGCUGGUCGACCUGCAGGCGUUCACCGGCUGCAUGACGCAGCUCAACGACGCCGUCAGGUGCGGCGUCGAAGAGCACGCGGUCGGGCCGGUGGUGCCGGUGCCGGACCACGAGAGGACGUGGAAGAACGUGGUGAAGGUGCCGCCGGGGUUCGUGACCACGGUGGUGGUGGCGUUCAAGCUGGUGGACACCAACCAGCCCUACCCCUUCGACGCCACGGCGGAGCCUGGAUACGUCUACCACUGCCACAUCCUGGACCACGAAGACAAUGCCAUGAUCAGGCCACUUAAGCUGCUUCCGUGAAGAGCUAGAUUCGCAGGAUCCAACGAGUCAAUGAUGAGCAGUUGCCGAAGAGAAACUGAUAAUUCCUGGGUCAUAUAUAAGUUGAAAUGAACCCAAAUAUUCAUCAUUAUUUUAUCUCCGAUUUGUGUUGACUUGUUUUUUAUAUAUAUGUAUAAAUUCCAAUUUAGUCUAUUCCCUUUGUAUAAGCAUUGGAUCUCAUAUUAUGUUGUUUUCUGUCAAGCCAAUAUACAAAUUAUCCCUACUCACUACUGGA